AUGCUCAACGGUAACCCCACAGCGUCUCCGGGUGACUCGUCCCAGGCCGACUUCGACUCGAAGGCUAACGCGACACAAGACCUGUUCCGUGACCUCUACCGGGUCGCGUCCGAGCUGUACAGGGACAUGGUGGAAGUCGGCGGGCCCCCCAUCCCCACCGACCCACUCCUGUGUACCUUCUGCAACGACGAUUUCCCUUGCGUUCUGCACCUUUUCCUCAAGAUGGCCUUUGGGUCUGUGCAAAGCGACGCUGCUAUGGAGGAUGAGGAGACUCUGUGCGAGUACCCAACCGACACCGCCUCUGUCAGCUCUGCCGAGCAGUCCGAAACGGAAGUAGAAAAUGCCGGCGAGGUCAUGGGGUCGCCCUAA